AUGGUGAUGCAGAGGGAGCGUGGCCCAAAGACAGGAUCAACGACCGAACCGGACCUGCGAGCCGUAAGUCGCCUCGUGGGCGUUCCCCCCCUCGCUCCAGUGGAAAAGGUGCGUCUCUACAUCUCUACCCUUGUUAGCUCGUAUCUUCACACAUUUUCGCAAGGCAUAACUCCGCUGAUCUCCAGUCUACAUCUUUGUCUCCUGUACCUCAUCCAUCCAGUAUCAUCAUCGGUGAUCCAUCAAAGUCAUCUCUUCCUCACUCUCUCUCAGGCUAUAGCAGCUGGGCCGCGGGAGAUGACAGCUUGCAAGAUGGGGAGUAAAACAAAAUACCUUUGCGACAGGGGGGAGUCGCCAUGCACUUUUGAAGAGAUGGGGGCCAGUAGUACUGGCCCAGAAAGAAACAGUAAACCUGGCAGUGCCAGGAUAGUAAAACAACAAAUUUUUUAAAUAAAAGCCAGGUAGUACCUGGCCCUGCCCUUCCUCUGACACUCAGGGGAGGCAGAAUUAGUAAAAGUAUCUUUCUGUCGCCUAGGCGACAGGCAACCCCUGUUGCGGUGGAAAGAAGGCUCCUGAGCUCUUUCCGCCGGUGAAGUUCUCCUCCAGGCAUAGGGACAGCGCGUCAUUGUUGGAGCACAAGAUUCAAUCACAGACAGUCUGCUAACUCUUAGACGUGCAAGUCAUCGAGAUGCCUCCAUGCCUUUCUUUCUGACUGGAUCAUGAGUCUUGACGCAUGGUAGUCGGGCGCAGUGUG